AUGUCCUCUACAUUGGUGCACGUCAGCGAUGAUGCCAUGCGGACAAUCCAGAGUCUCCAGGCCAAGUUGCGGCGAGCCUCACAGCAGGUCACGGCUUCGAAGCAGAAUCUUCGAAGCUUGGAGGCACAGAAGCAGGCGUUGUUGCGAGCUCAAAAGCAGCAGAUGUCAAAGCAGCAGGAGACAGCGGCGAGACUGCAGCGGGCUUUCUCCGAGCGCGAGCAGGACCAGAAGUACACCGAGCAGCUUCUCAUGGAGCUGAAGUCGUACCAGUCUGAGCUGGCAGCCGCAGAGGAGCGCGAGGCCCAGUUCCCCGUCGAUCCGGAGACGCAUGCAGUGGUUUGCCGGCAGCUCGAGGCCAGGCCCACCUCCGAACCCCCACAAGCCUAA